GGGCUGCGCCCUGCGCAGUCUCUUCGCCGCGAUGAAGCGCCCUUGCGAAGAGUCCACCUCCGAGAGCGACAUGGAUGAGACCAUCGACGUGGGCAGCGAGAACAAUUACUCGGGGCAAAGUGCUAGCUCUGUGAUUAGAUCUAAUUCUCCAACGACAACGUCUCAGAUUAUGGCCAGAAAGAAAAGGAGAGGGAUUAUAGAGAAAAGACGUCGAGAUCGGAUAAAUAACAGUUUAUCAGAGUUGAGAAGACUAGUGCCAACUGCUUUUGAAAAACAAGGGUCUGCAAAGUUAGAAAAAGCUGAAAUUUUACAAAUGACAGUGGAUCAUUUGAAGAUGCUUCAGGCAACCGGGGGUAAAGGUUACUUUGAUGCCCACGCGCUGGCCAUGGACUUCAUGAGCAUCGGAUUCCGAGAGUGCCUCACCGAGGUGGCCAGAUACCUGAGCUCCGUGGAAGGCCUGGACUCCUCGGACCCCCUGCGCGUGCGGCUGGUGUCCCACCUCAGCACGUGCGCGUCGCAGCGGGAGGCGGCGGCGAUGACCUCGUCGCUGGCCCACCACCACCACCACCCCCUGCACCCGCACCACUGGGCGGCCGCCUUCCACCACCUCCCCGCAGCGCUGCUGCAGCCCAACGGACUCCACGCCUCUGAGGCCACGCCUUGUCGCCUGUCCACCGCCACCGAAGUGCCUCCUGCCCACGGCUCCGCCCUGCUCACGGCCACCUUCGCCCACGCCGACUCCGCCCUGCGGAUGCCAGCCACGGGCAGCGUCGCGCCCUGCGUGCCACCGCUCUCCACUUCGCUCCUGUCCCUCUCGGCCACUGUCCACGCGGCCGCCGCCGCCGCCACGGCCGCGGCCCACAGCUUCCCGCUGUCCUUCGCGGGCGCCUUCCCCAUGCUCCCCCCCAACGCGGCCGCCGCCGCCGCCGUGGCCGCCGCCACGGCCAUCAGCCCCCCCUUGUCGGUGUCCGCCACCUCCAGCCCUCAGCAGACCAGCAGCGGCACAAACAGUAAACCUUACCGACCCUGGGGGACAGAAGUGGGAGCUUUCUGAGUUGUCCUUGAACUUCUCGCAGUAGUAACUGAGUGUCCUUCAUUUCAGAGUUCAGCUUGCAAACCUCUGCACCCUGAAAGUAGCCAUACAGAUGUCUACAGAUCCACCAAGGAACAAUAAAGCUCUUUCAGACACAAACCUCACACGUGGAA